GAACGGUGGGCGGCGCGCACGCAGCCCCGUCUCUCGUUGCGAGACGUGUCAGCGCACGUCCCCAAUCAUCCAACCAGCCCGCGAGACAGCACUUUCUUCAAACCAAGCCGGGCGGAGCCAAGCUGGGCCGAACCGCACCGCAGCGCACCGCGCUCGACCAGAGCCAAACCUAUCCGAGCAUUCAGCCUGUGCACGGCGGCAGCAGCGGGCGGCAGGCUGAUGGCGAAGAUGAUGAUGAUGAUGAUGAUGAUGACCUGGUGGUAGCUCAUCUUUUACGCACCCCGACCCGCCGCCGCGUUCCUUAUAAACCCACUGUCUGCCUCCACACGUUCAAUUUUCCACGCCGCCACCAUGGAGACGACACUUCACAGGAGCGAUUUUGUCGUUUCCCAGCUGCUCCUGUUCAGCCAACUAGUCAUGGCAGUGGAGCCGCUGAAGAAACUCCCCGAGGACAUUGACUGGUCGUACUCAGGUACCCUGAACCAGCGGAGCUGGGGCAAGAAGUACCCGUCAUGUAACAGCGGCCGGCAGUCUCCUGUGGACAUCGACGAAACCUUUACCCAGGUCAGGCUGCAGUACCAAAACCUGCAGCUAGAGGGCUGGGACCUACUGACGGCGGAGUCCAGCACCAUCCACAACAAUGGGAAGACUGUGGCCAUCAAUGUGGAAGGGGAGUUCUUCGUGAGCGGAGGAGGCCUGAGCUCCAGGUUUCGUGUGGGUAGAAUCACGUUCCACUGGGGCCGCUGCAACACGACAUCAGAUGGGUCUGAGCACAGCCUGAAUGGGAUGAAAUACCCUCUGGAGAUGCAGAUCUUCUGUUACGAUCCAGACGAUUUUAAAAGUCUGGAUGACGCCAUCAGGGAAGGAGGGAGGGUCUCUGCCUUGGCUGUGCUCUUCGAGAUCAGCCUUGAAGACAAUGAGAACUUCGAUCCUGUGAUAGAUGCCAUCAACACCGUCAGCAGGUUUGGUAAGAGUGGGUCAUUGGAAGCCUUCACCCUGCGAUCCUUGCUUCCUAAUAACACGGAUAAAUAUUACAUCUACAACGGUUCUCUGACCACCCCCCCCUGCUCUGAGGCGGUGGAAUGGAUUGUGUUCAAACACACCGUGGACAUAUCAGAAACACAGUUGGAGAUGUUCUGCGAGGUGAUGACCAUGGAGCAGGCCGGGUACGUGAUGCUGACAGACUACCUACAGAACAACUUCAGGGAGCAGCAGCAGCAGUUCAUGGGUCAGGUGUUCGCCUCAUACACGGGAGUGGAGGAUGUGCUCACGCCCACCUGCAGCUCAGAGCCAGAGAACGUUCAGGCGGACGCCCAGAACGACACCACCAUCGUGGUGACGUGGGAGCGUCCCCGCGCGGUGUACGACACAACCAUCGACUGGUACACCGUCACAUACCAGAGGCUGCAGGGCCGAGACCCGAUCAAGCAGGAGUACAGGACGGACGGGGACCAGGAUGUGGGUGCCAUUAUUCCAAGCCUGAUGGCCAACAGCAGCUAUGUGGUUCAAGUGUUGGCUGUAUGCACCAACGGACUCCGAGGACGAUGGAGUGACCAGAUCAUAGUGGACAUGCCUUUAGAAGACCCUGAAAGCGAUUCAGAUCCUGACACCGGAAGAAAAGAUUCAGAAGACAACAAGGAGGUUUCGCCUAAAGCCAAAUGGGGGAAGCCUGAGGAACAAAACCAGGUGGAUUUGUCUCCAGAGGACCAAAGCCCCGUGGAGGAGAUCCCCGCGGAGCAGACCCGAGUUUACCAGAACCAACCCACACGCCACCAGAACCAGCCGACAGACCAAAUCCAAGCAAACCAUAACAUCCCGGUGCAGGUCAGCCCCCGUUCAACCCCGAAGACCCCCACUGGUUCGGGGGUCUUGCAGAAAACUCGACUCGACCAGAACGCGAAAAAGAAGCCGGGCCGAAACCGGCCGAAGCCAGAGGAUAUGGAUCAGAACUGGAUCGACGAGGAGAGCGGUGUCCCAUCUCCCCGGCCCUAUACUAACGCGGGUCUUGCAAGCAACAGUGCAAUCUGGGUAACGGAUCCAACUGAACAGCCAGGCUUCCUAUUUCCAGUUGCCCGGAUGACCACGCUGCCGACGAUCCACCGGCAAAUCACAGAGGAGGCAUCACUGUCAGUGGUCCCGCAUCAGUCAAGGGAUCAGGAUCCACCAGACCAACAAGCCGGUGAAAGUGGCCUCCCCUCUCCCCAGUCGGACCACCACCCGCCUCCUGUGGAGGAUAUCCAGGUCACAGAUAUCUUCUAUGAAGACAUGGUCAACAACUCCCCGCUGGAAAGCUCUGCCUCCGCUGCAACUGAGUCCUCUGCUGCUUUGGUGCCAGGUAAUAAAGUGGAUAGAGUCCCCCCGCUCCCCUCCGAGGAUGGCGCCGCUCCCGUGAACAAACCUCGACCGGAGGCCUUCACCUCUGUGUCCUCCUCCCUCUGGGUCACAGCGAGGACGGCCACCACCAGCAACACCCUCGCCGACUCCGUCUACAAAUCGUUCACCACCUCCUCUCUCCUCAGGGUGCUGAUGCACACGACCCAGUCCAUGUUCAACGAGGGCAGCAACAGCAGCCACGAGUCUCGGGUCGGGCUGGUCGGAGGCGUGGAGAGGGAGAAGAGGACAGUCGUUCCUCUGGCUGUAGUCUCCACUCUCACCAUCCUCUGUCUGUUGGUACUGGUGGGCAUACUCAUCUACUGGAGAAACUGUUUCCAGGCUGCACAUUUUUACCCUGAUGACACUGCAUCACCUAAAGUCAUAUCUGCUCCAUCUACACCCCUGAUGCUGGCCACAGACGGCCACGAGCCGCUGACAGUGAAGCAGUUCGUGAAGCACGUCAUGGAGCUCCACACCACCAACACCUUCUUCAAGGAGUUCGAGAUUGUCAAAGAAUCCUACGAGGAGGUGCAAGCCUGCACAGUGGACAUGGGGAUCACCACCGACAGCUCCAAUCACCCCGACAACAAAAGCAAGAAUCGAUACAUCAACAUAUUGGCCUACGACCACAGCAGGGUGAAGCUCUCCAGCAGCUUGGACAGAGAGGGCAAAUAUGGGGACUACAUCAACGCCAACUUUGUGGAUGGGUACGAGCGAACGAGGGCGUACAUCGCAGCUCAGGGGCCUCUCAGAGCGGGCAGGGAAGACUUCUGGAGGAUGAUCUGGCAGCAGAACGUCGGAGUUAUCGUCAUGAUCACCAACCUCAAGGAGAAAGGACGGACAAAAUGUGACCAGUACUGGCCAGAAGAGAACACGGAGGAGUACGGUCCAUACCAGGUGACCCUGAAAAGCAGCAAGACCCUGGCUUACUACACGCUGCGGACGUUCACCAUCAGAGAUACCACAAAUAAGGCGUCUCCGAGGAGAGUUGAACACACAGUCCUGCAUUACCACUAUACCCAGUGGCCAGACAUGGGCGUCCCAGAAUACACUCUGCCUGUCCUGUCCUUCAUCAGAGCAUCGUCCCGGGCCCGCACACAAGAGAUGGGCCCUGUCGUGGUACACUGCAGUGCUGGUGUCGGGAGGACGGGAACCUACAUCGUGAUCGACAGCAUGCUGCAGCAGAUCCAGGAUCAGGGCACGGUGAACGUUCUUGGUUUCCUGAAACACGUGCGCACUCAGAGGAACUUCCUGGUUCAGACAGAGGAGCAGUAUGUCUUCAUCCAUGAUGCUCUGGUGGAGGCCAUCUUGAGCCGCGACACCUCCGUGACCUCCGACCUGCUCCACGCCUAUGUGUCUGACCUCCUGACCCCUGGGCUGUCAGGCAGGACGCGCAUGGACAAACAGUUUAAAUUGAUCAGUCAGCGGCAGGCGAGGCACGCAGACUACAGCACUGCCCUGAAAGACGGCAACGCAGAGAGGAACAGAGCCAGAGCUCUGAUGCCUGUGGAGAGAUCGAGAGUGUGUCUGACGGCUUCAGAAAUGAACUGCACGGGCUUCAUCAAUGCCUCCUACGUCAUGGGACGUCACCACAGUAAGGAGUUCGUAGUGAGCCAGACUCCUCUGAGUAGCACGGUGGCUGAUUUCUGGAGAAUGAUCUGGGAACACAGCACACACACUGUUGUUCGUCUGCCGGACGCACACUGUCAGAGUGAAGAGAGGGAGUGUUGUGUCUACUGGCCCAGUAGAGAUCAGCCAAUGAGCUUUGAGGGUUUCACUGUGUCGUUCUCGGGGGAGGAGCACGUUUGUCUGUCCAACGAUGAGAGGCUUUUGAUGCAGGACUUCAUAUUGGAGUCUACACAGAACAAUUUCGUGCUGGAGGUGCGUCAGUACAGCGCCCCCUGCUGGCCAAACCCUGACAGUCCCAUCAGUAACAGCUUUGAUCUGGUGAACGCGGUCAGAGAGCACAGCAGACGCACAGACCGGCCUACGGUCGUGCAUGAUCCGUUGGGAGGCGCUACAUCGGGGCUGUUGUGUGCUCUCACCACGCUGUCCAGCCAGCUGGAGGAGGAGGGAGCUGUAGACGUGUACCAGGUGGCACGCAUGACCAACCUUAUGAGGCCUGGGGUGUUUAAUGAUAUAGAGCAGUACCAGUAUCUGUACCACGCUGUGCUGAGUCUGGUGAGCAGCCAAGAGGACCAGAGAGCCCUGCAGAGUCCAGAGACCAACGGAUCCGUUUCACUGGGACAGACCAACAUCGCAGAGAGCAUGGAGUCGCUCAUGUAGACACACACACACACGCUGUCUUUACACGCGAUACUCUCAGACUCAGCUGCUGGAUCCACCGGAGACACAUUUCUGGUUCAUAUGUUAACUAAUGGCUUUAGUGAUGGUUAAUAGAUGCUGUUCUAAUGUUUUUAUAGAGCUGUUGAAUCAGCAAUGUCUGGAUUAGGUCAGACAGGCCGGAUUGGUCAGACAGUCUGACCACUUACUACUAUAUAAUAAAAAAAAGGGCUGCAGAUUUUCUGGACCAAAACACGCGGAGCAACAUCUUACAAAAACACGCCAAGUUGACGAUUAUAAACACUUUUUCUAUUAACAUGUUGACACUGGUCACUUGAUGGAACAAACAUCGAGAGAAGUGAAAUCAAAAAAAAAGAAGCUUCACUGCCUUUCCAGCAAAAAACACGUGUGGAAGAGCAGAGGCUCCGUAGUUUCUGAGAGGAGGCCGAACGUCCAUUUAAAACACGGAGUAAAUUCAUAUUUUUUAAAGAGUAAAAAAUACAGUUUCAUAAUGUCAUUGUCAAUGACCUAUCUUUUCAUGGCCCAUAGACGGACCCUCCCUGUCCCUCUACUGGAAUCUCUAUUUUACCUUUUUUUUGUGUAUUUGUUGUUUAGUUUUUUUAUAUUUUCUCAUAUAUAUUCCAUAUUUUUCCUCAAGAGCAGAAAUAAAUACCGAUUCAAAUUCCAACUCAGCGAAAAAUCAUUGUGUAUGAAAUCGUAUGAUGAUUGAUGAUUAAUGUUUUCCUCCAAAAUGCGUUAUGCACUGCGGCUGAAUUACUACCACAUGCCCAUAUUUUAGAACAAUUGUUUAAAUAACCAAAAUCUGUGAGGCCUCACUCGUGACAGUAGAGUGACUGCCAGUCGAAUUGUUUGCUUGUGUCUCGUUGCCACUGCCACGCGGCCUCUGGUGCCUUUUGUAAUUCAUAUUAUUGUACUCUUAAAAAAGAAAAAAAAACAGUUUUGAUACUGUACAACAACUGUGGGACUAAUUACGCCAAAAUAAUAAUAAUAAUAUUGUGUGGUUUGUAUCUAUUUUCUUAAAGGAGAUCAAUGUCCUGUUGCGCUCGGUUGGUGUAACUUUGUCUGAGAGGAGAAUCUGGACGUUAAAGGGAAAUUCCACCCAAAAUCGAUCGAGGUUUCAUGGUCGUAGCUCUUGUAUUAGUCGGAGAAUGAACGAAGUUGAGAGAACGAGCGAAGGGAGCGGAGAGCUCAGAGCUCGUGCCACUUGCUACCACUGAUCCCGUUUUUUCGAGGAAAUCCACGCGUUUCCACUGCGUCGGACUGAAUCAAUCAACCCUCCGACUCACUUUCACGUUGCCGCUCGAAUGUGUCUGUUUUUUUUGCGUUCCCCACUGUACCGUUUCCACUGAACUCAUCCUGGGAUGCAAAAAUCACACGGGGCAACAGCAGUGACACCAGAGAGCGAUUCAGAGCAGAUCUCAGUUUAUGUGUAAAUACCCCUGAAAUAUAAUACAUGGAAAGGCCAAAUUACUGUAUGUUUAUACUGUACCUUUAUAUAUUUUCUAUUUUACUAUUAAAAAAUGAUUUUCUAGCCAUUUACACACACACACAUAUAUAUAUAUAUGUAUAACUGUGUGGAUUCUAUUUGAUAAUUCUAGCCUGGAAAUAUUGAUCAUAUUUGUUUAUACCUUUUAAUGGAAUGUCGUCUCUUUUUAUCUUUACGAUUAUGUAGCGGCUUAAUAUCUACCUGUUAUCUCCAGAUAUAAACUGGUGCAGUUUGUACAUAAGCAACAGGCUUAAAGCGACACAAUUAAAGAUUUGUUUCAAACCUUG